CAUACAAAAUAAUCUAAAGGAGUAUAAGCCGAAGCCGAAGUAUCAUCGAACCGAUUCUAUCAACCAACAAUUCUGAAUUCUGGUCCAUUGUAAAUUUCUAAGAUGAUAACGAGGUCAUUGAGUAGACGUGCAUUAAGUUCCAGAAUAGGACAUAUAUGUUCAUUAAGAUUCUAUACCGAAAUUUCUUCACCAUCCACUAUUAAUUCAUAUUUUGAUCUCUUUCCUAAGAAUUUCCCUAAUCGAGGUCCACCAGGGGAUUCAUUUAUUAUUAAUGAUAGAUCGUUAAGAAGAGAAUUUAGAGGAUUACAAAGUGAAAAUCAUCCUGAUAUCUUAAUUGGAUCUUCUGCUUUAAGCUCCGGAUCUUCCGAUACUAACACUGAUAAUAAUCAUUCUGAUUUUUCAAGUAUUAUAAAUAAAGCUUAUACAACAUUAAGAAAUCCUUAUAAUAGAAUAGCUCAUUUUAUAAAACUAUAUCAUCCUCAAAAACUUGAUAUUACUGAAGAUAAUGUAUCUAAACAAUUAAUUGGUGAGUUAAAUUCCAACUCUCCAGAAUCAAGUCAGAAUUAUAAAGAUAUGUUAAUGGCGGUAUUAGAUGCUCAUGAAUCAUUAGAAAUGGCUAAUGAUGAAAAUGAUUUACAAGAUUUAUCCACAGAGAAUGAUGAACGAAUUAAACUCAGUGUAGCCCAAUUGGAUUCAAUAAUUCAACAACAAUGGCCUAUCCAGAAUUGGGAUAAUAUAUUAAUGGAAGCCAUUAAAUUGAAGUACUGGGUAAAUAUUCAAAAUGGCAUAAAAGAUUGGGAACCUGGAAAGCCGGUACACUUAACUCAUUAAGCUACCUCUCUUGUAUAUACGUUUAAACAAAUGUUUCAUUUAUUACUACUAAUUACAUUAUAUUAUAUUGUAUGUAGAUGCAUAUAUUAGG